AUGAAUACGGUCAACGGCCACACAAUGGCCGAAGAGCCGGCGGGAGGGGUGCAAGCGGAGGGGGAGUCUCUGGAGCAGAUGCUGGAUGACGGACUCAAUGAGAUCCUGAACUCACACGAACCGUGCGCUACCCCGGCAGCGGGCGGUAUGCAGGACACAGGAAACACUCCGCCGACGGACCUUCUGCAGCAUAUCCCCCACGAUGCUCAGCAUGCAGAGAUCCUCAGCCUCGGCUGUGGCGACCUUCGCGACUUCCUCUACUCGGUCCUUCUUCAUGGGAGACGCGGAGUGAGCUGCGGGCACGUCCCACGCCGCUUUUCGUUCAUGAUGAACGAUUGGGAGCCCGCGAUCCACGCCAGGAACCUCAUGCUGCUGCAGAUGUUUCUCGACGCUCGGGAUAUUCUGGAGUCGUCGGGGUCGGCCACCAAGAAGAAGAGCGGCACGAAGAAAUCAUCAUCCCGGGGGGGCAACUCUCGUGGCCAUGGUUCGGGCCGCGGCUCGAGUGCCGCCGCCUUCGCCCAGAGGAUCGGAGUGAUCUACAGCUCGAUGUACAAUUCGUUCGUCGACGCGGAAGUGUUGGAGAUGAUCGAAAGCGUGGCUGGCAGGCUUGCAGCGGCGGCGGAAUCUCCGAGCACUUGGGCCUCUGCCGAGCUCGGGCGACUCGUUCGGUUCGCGGACGAUUGCAGCCAACAGCGUGUUCGCAAGAUUCUGGCCGCGUACGCCGACGGGAGCCUGCAGCGCGAGGGCGCGGCUGCCCGCGUGAAGCGGGAGCGUGCUGCCGUCAUCGGCACCUACUGCCCACCCAGGGACGACCUCAGCAUCCACUCUCGGGCAAUGGGCCUAGCGUCGUUUCGCCAAGGCGACUGCAUGAAUCCGUACGCUGAGAUGAGACGUGAAUUCCUGAAGAAAGGUGUUCUCGAUCCUUUCCCAUUGCUGCUGGAGGAUGGGGCAGAAUCCGGGAAGCGAAGAGGUAGCUUCGACCUCGUCAACCCUCUCCUGCUGGUGACGGAGACGAAAGGCAUGGCCUACUCGCUGCACUACGCGGCGUUUCCUCUCGAUGCCUUCCAUACCGACGUCUGUUGGUGGAAGCUGCGGCCCGAGAACCUUCAAGGCGAGUUCGGUAAGGUUGCGCCCAAGGUCACCAAGCCCCAAGGCUUCAACUUGGCCGGCUCCGGGGCAACACAGGGCCCUUUCAGCUUUAAGCCUACCGCCAAAACCCAGCGUGAUACGCAGAACGUCUGGUUCGUCACCGCUCUGGAAGAGCUCGCGCAGAUGUGCGGCGCGUUCGUGCGGGCUACUGCGAAGCUGAGCAUUACCAUCCAUGUCGGCGACGCCCUGAACUGCUGCGACGCGCUGCUGGCGGCGUCUGCGGCGCUUCCGUCGGUCCGGUCGAGAGAGGAGAACGGGGUCACAGCUCCGAAAGACGUGUUUCCGCCCGUCUUUUGUCAGCAAGGAACUCUGCAGCCGGUGCAGCUACGGGCGGACGCGCUCAUGACGCCAUCCGGAUUCUUCGAGUUCGAUGUCAUCAACACGAGCAACCUGUCAGAGCAUCUUGGUGUGGUCAACCUGCUGGUGGCUGCGGCGCCGCUCUUGAAGACGACGGCGCAUGCUGUCUUGCUCACGAGCUUCAUGGCUGCUUUGCAAAACCUCUCUCUGUACAAAAACACGUCAGAAUUCUACGAGAAGUAUUUGUGCAUGGGUUCCCAGGCCUCCUCACUUCUUCUAGUUGGGCCUGGUGGGGCGCCGAGUCUCCUGCGGUUGGCCUGGAGGCGCCCCGCUCAAGCUUUCGCACAAGCAACCGUGCACACGACAGGAUCUUCACCGACCAACAUCGAUAUUUCCCCGAGCGACUUCGUCAGCCUUGUACUUCCUGUGUACAAGGCGAUGUUCGCCAACGUGGGCCUGCUCGGGUCGAGAGGGCGGGAAGAAUCUAUACGUGCGUUGACAACGCCCAUGCAUUACACGUCUGCGUCUUUCAUUCGGCUCUUGGCGUUGGCUGGCCGACAACUGCGGCUCGACACCAGGCACUUCGAAGCAGCGCUAAAGGCGAUGAUAGUUGGCAGCGGCCUGAUCAUGGCUUCAAACAUGAUGCAGGAGCAGAUGGCGUUGUUCCAUGCGAUGGAUCUCAUUCCCAUCCGCCCAUCCCCCAACGAGCCGGGCGCUCCGGUUGACACGCGUCGGGUGGUGCUACUUGUUCCGCACAGCGGGCUCAUGCUCCUCCGCGCCUUCUCUCUCCCCGAGAUAUACUUGUCGCUGGCUGGGACACGGGGGACGUUUGACAACCACUUUUCCAGCCUCCACAUGGGUUUCGUCCGGGUGCGUCGCGGCCGAAGCGGCGGUGGUAGCAGGGAUGGGGGCAACGACAACGGCUGGCGUUCUCUCAGCGACCACCUGUGCGUGCGCGAUACACAAUCGGACGACCCUGCCGCGGAGCUCAUGAUUUCCGCCCUGGUUCCCUCUUUUGCUUUCUCUUUGGCGCCGCUGUCCGAGACUGAAGUGCGGCUUCGACCUCGAGACAGCGUUGAAAUGAUGAGGGCGCCCAAGGAUGUCAUGAACAAGAUGGGGGGCAUGCUGUGGAAGUGCUUCUUCAAAGCAAACCUGACCGACAAGGACAGGACGGCCAUCCUUACUCCCGGCGGGGACGACCCGUUCGGCGAGAGCGGCGGCGGUUCCAGUAUUGGUGUGCUUCUGGCCUGCCCAAAGACGGCUGUGACGGAUCGGCUCCAGGAGGCUCCUUCCUCAACUGCAUCGACCAAGUCCGAGCCGGCUUUGCUCCACCGCAUCGUCGACGGCAAGUCGACCGUUGACCGCUCUGUCGAGUUGAUCUGCAAUGGCCCAGCCGGAAAGACGGGAGACGCCCGCUUCGUGUACAGAAUCAAGUUCAUCAUGAUCACCGACCUUGCGCGGGAGGCUCUGACUUCAGCGACCCCGGCGGUGGCGGAGUCACUCGACCCAUGCUGCGUGCGUGUCACGCUCGGGAAGGGGCUACUCACGCUCGUGGCUCACCUUCCCUUUCCGGUCAACAGGAACGCCGUCGACAUGAAGUUCAGCAGGCGCCAGGGUUUCGUUCUCUUCACCGUCCCGCCGCUCGGAGGUUCUCUCCACAUCCCGUCGACGCUGACGGCGUGCGUUGCAGAUGGAGGGGGCACGGUGCCAUCGAACAUUUGGUGGCCCCCAUGCGCGCCCCUCUCUUCCCUACCAAGGCUGGACUUCAACGCCGAAUGGUCGUUUGACAAGGUGAUGGGCGGGAUGUCUUUCACCCACGAAGAGAAAGCCGCACGGAACGGUGUCUUCAAGCUUAACACUACUACAGUCGACGCUGCCCUCUUAGGACUAAAGGAGAGUUUCCUGGCCAUCAUAUCAACGGCCACCACGAGUCACACGGAAAAUGGCAGGGGCUGGAACCGGUCAUGGGCACUCGUUGCGGACCCCGACAACCACAGCGAGCCAGCGAUCUGGAUCUGGGUCAACGAUCUACUCCUGGAUUCCAGCAACGAGGCGCUAGUCAUCGACUGCUGCGUUCUGCCCGUGGCGUCCGUGGGUGAUGCGAUCUCCCUCCAGCUUCAACGUUCCGCGCAGUUCGGAUCCUCUGCCCAGGGUGGCCCAUUUCUUACCUGCAAGGCAUACGCUGGAGAAAUCAAGUUGUGGCUGUCUCUGCUUCCUGUGGCUGUGGAGCGUGCCCGCGAGUCGUACGCUCACGCAGAAGACUGUACCUACUCACGAACAAGUCAUGAUUCUGCUCCGGUUCUGUGCAAGUGCGGCAUGGGGAAGGACCUACCCCCAGCGUUCGUGGAGGCUUUGAAAUCCGGCAACGUCAACGGGGAGAAGUGUUUCUACAGGGCAGCUCUGUCUCCACUCUAUGUCCCUCAAGGCAUGGAUGGCGUGUCACCGUUUCCGCCUUCAACGACAGCCCCCGCCCCUCAGCAGAAGAAUUCGACCACGCAAUCUUCCGCAUCGCAGACAACCAAUGCCUCGACAUCUUCCACACCGCAGACGAAAACAAAUCCCAGAAUGACUGUCGCUUCUGGUUCAGCGGGGUGCUCCAACUGCGGAAAGGUUGGCUCUCUGAGGCCGUGCUCUCGCUGCCACCAGGUGCGCUACUGCUCGAGGGACUGCCAGCGCCAGCACUGGAGGGAUCAUAAGCGUGAUUGUGGGUAAGGAGAGCUUUCGGUCGAUAGAUCGAAGCUUGCUUCAUCAGGUGAAGUACGCAGGGACCGGUGGUGAAGUACGCAGGGCCCACGGUACAAGGCAUCAGUUUGCGGAUCGUACGCGGGAAUUCCGUCUCUUCGGGAUCAAUGCGACGUUUUUGACCUCUACUUGGGUUGCUAGGUCUUCAGGCACGGUUGGAUGUUGGAGGGGUGACGGCACCCUUUGUGAGAGAGGCUCAUCCUCAAGUUAUGCGAAACGUGCAAUGUGCUGCGAUAUCCAGUGAAUGCAGCCUACGAGAGCCGGGGCGGUGCUGAUUCCCGAGUUGCUGAUCUUUCGGCUAGACGGGAGCAGUGAUGAGGCAGAUGCUGAAGGAUCGCACGAAGUCAUGCUGGCGUGGUUUUGGAUAUUUCAUUUCAUACAAGGUUGGGUGGAGAGACUGCGGUCGCACAGCUUUCGCGGGAGGGGGCGGAAGAGAUUCUGUGUUCCAAUUUCUGCAGUCCGUUGACUGAAGCUUAUCGGAACAAAUUGCGGGUUGCAGCCUCGUGGUAUUGUGAAAAAGCGUGGGACGGAUGCACCAAGGGGCAUAUGCUUUACCGAGUUCGUCCAACUCGUUGGCGCGUGGCGGAGCUUUGACGCUUUCUCCCCCGUUUACCUGUGUGAUUGGGAAGUACUCUUGAGCAUAGUAGCGGCGCGUAGUGAUGAAAGACUACAGCAG